AUGGCACCUCCCAACGGUGAUAUCGAGAACGGCGACGUCGAAAAGGAACAGGCAACGCGCGACCACCUCGGCGCCGCUGACAACGACGCGGAUCUCGGCGAGUACGGCAAUCUCGUCAAGUACAUUUCGAAUUACCGUGAUGGACGUCGCAGCUCCAUCGCUGGCUCCACGUACGACGAUGCCCCCAAGAAGAAGUGGUACCAGUUUGGGAAGGCCAAGAACGCGCAAGGCGGCACGACCUUCGAGGUUCCUGAGGAUUGGUUAAACACCGACUGGAAGCAGGGUCUUUCCUCUCACGAUGUCGAGAAUCGCCGCAAGAAGACUGGCUGGAACGAGUUGACCACCGAGAAGGAGAACAUGUUCUUGAAGUUCCUCUCGUAUUUCACCGGCCCAAUUCUGUAUGUUAUGGAAAUUGCCGUCCUGCUCGCUGCUGGUCUGCGUGACUGGAUUGAUUUCGGUGUCAUUAUCGGUAUUCUAAUGCUCAACGCCAUCGUCGGUUGGUACCAGGAGAAGCAAGCAGCAGAUGUUGUCGCUUCGCUCAAGGGUGAUAUUGCUAUGCGUUCCACUGUUAUCCGUGAUGGCUCAGAACAAGAAAUCAAGGCUCGUGAGCUGGUUCCCGGUGAUAUUAUCAUCAUCGAAGAUGGACAAGUUGUUCCUGCUGAUUCUCGCAUCAUCUCUGCCUACGAUAACCCCAACGGCUACACUGAAUAUCUCCGUGAACUCGAAGCUCAAGCUGGUGAAUCUGCCAACGAGAAGGACGAGGAUGAUGUGGGAGAGCACAAGCACGGAUCAGGUUAUGCUAUCCUCGCCAUUGAUCAAUCUGCCAUGACUGGAGAGUCUCUCGCCGUCGACAAGUAUGUCGCAGAUGCUGUCUACUACACCACCGGUUGCAAGCGUGGAAAGGCAUAUGCUCUCGUCACUCACUCCGCCAAAAUGUCUUUCGUCGGUCGCACUGCUUCUCUCGUCACUGGAGCCAAGGAUCAAGGACAUUUCAAGGCCAUCAUGAACUCCAUCGGUACGUCUCUGUUGGUCUUGGUCAUGUUCUGGAUUCUCGCAGCCUGGAUCGGUGGUUUCUUCCAUCACUUGCACCUUGCCACUCCCGAAGACAGCUCGCUCAACCUUCUCCAUUACGCCCUGAUCCUCUUGAUUGUCGGUGUCCCCGUCGGUCUUCCAGUCGUCACCACCACCACUCUGGCUGUAGGUGCUGCUUAUCUCGCCAAGGAAAAGGCUAUCGUGCAGAAGCUCACUGCCAUUGAAUCGCUCGCUGGUGUCGAUGUUCUCUGCUCCGACAAGACCGGUACGCUUACCGCCAAUCAAUUGUCCAUCCGUGAGCCAUUCGUGGCUGAGGGCGUCGAUGUCAACUGGAUGAUGGCUGUGGCUGCUCUUGCUUCUUCCCACAACGUCAAGUCUCUCGAUCCCAUCGACAAGGUUACCAUCCUCACUCUCAAGCGAUACCCAAGAGCCAAGGAGAUCCUUGCUGGAGGAUGGAAGACAAUCAAGUUCACUCCUUUCGAUCCCGUCUCCAAGCGUAUCACUGCUGAGGUCACCAACACUCAAGAGGGAAUUGACUACAUCUGCGCCAAGGGUGCUCCCAAGGCUAUUCUCAACCUGUCCAACUGCUCCAAGGAAGUCUCCGACAUGUACAAGGCCAAGACUACUGAGUUCGCUCGACGUGGUUUCCGUUCUCUCGGUGUUGCAUGCAAGAAGGGUGAUGGUGACUGGCAAUUACUCGGAAUGUUGCCCAUGUUCGAUCCCCCACGUGACGACACUGCAUCCACCAUCGCUGAAGCUCAAGUUCUCGGUCUCUCUGUUAAGAUGCUUACUGGUGAUGCUAUCGCUAUUGCCAAGGAAACUUGCAAGAUGUUGGCUCUCGGUACCAAGGUCUACAACUCUGAACGUCUCAUCCACGGUGGUCUCUCCGGUACUACUCAACACGAUCUCGUUGAGCGUGCUGAUGGUUUCGCUGAAGUUUUCCCCGAGCACAAGUACCAGGUCGUCGAGAUGUUGCAACAACGUGGUCAUUUGACUGCCAUGACUGGUGACGGUGUUAACGAUGCUCCUUCCUUGAAGAAGUCUGACUGUGGUAUUGCCGUCGAGGGUGCCACUGAAGCUGCUCAAGCCGCUGCCGAUAUCGUCUUCCUUGCCCCAGGUCUUUCCACCAUCGUCUCUGCCAUCAAGAUCGCCCGUCAAAUUUUCCAACGUAUGAAGGCAUAUAUCCAAUACCGUAUUGCUCUCUGCUUGCACUUGGAAAUUUACCUCGUCACCUCUAUGAUCAUCAUCAACGAGACCAUUGGUGUCGAUCUCAUCGUCUUCUUGGCCUUGUUCGCUGAUUUGGCUACCAUUGCUGUCGCUUACGAUAACGCCCAUUUCGAGCAACGUCCUGUCGAGUGGCAAUUGCCCAAGAUCUGGAUUAUCUCCGUUAUCCUCGGUGGUCUUCUUGCUGUUGGUACCUGGGUUCUCCGUGGUGCUCUCUUCAUCCCCAACGGUGGUAUCGUCGAGAACUUCGGUAACAUCCAAGGUAUACUCUUCUUGGAAGUCUCCCUCACUGAGAACUGGCUCAUCUUCGUCACUCGUGGUGGAAACACCUGGCCAUCUUGGCAACUCGUCGGCGCCAUUCUCGGUGUCGAUGUGAUCUCAACCCUGUUCUGUGUCUUUGGCUGGUUGACCAUGAAGGAGAAUGACCCAUCCGACCCAGCUACCAAGAACGUUCUUCUCAACACCCACGGUGGAGAUACCUCCAUCGUUACCGUUGUUAUCGUCUGGGGCUACUCGAUUGGUGUUACCAUCCUCAUCGCCAUGGUCUACUUCCUCCUCAACCAAAUCUCAUGGCUCGACAACCUCGGACGUGCCAAGCGCUCUCGUGCUGACACUCAAAUGGAGAACAUCCUCGCCCAUCUUUCCAAGGUCGCCAUUGCUCACGAGCAAGACGAGCACGGAGGCAACAGAUGGCACCUCACCACCAAGGCCACCGAGGCCGAGGAGGAUGAUUAG